AUGUAUCUCAUAUCGCUGGCUCUUGAAUAUGGGGCCCCCAUGUUUCUUAUUACCUCCCCCCUCACGUCCUAUACGGAUCAGAUUCUCAGUAUACAUCGAUCAAGGAAUUCGGGGGGAUUCUCCCUCGAUAUCCCUUUGAUCAUGCUCGUCGCAUCCAUCCUCAAGGUGUUUUACUGGUUUGGUCACUACUACUCGCUCUCGCUGCUCGUACAAGCCGUGAUCAUGAUUGGGGUCCAGAUCGUCUUGCUCAAAGUUGCACUGGAUAACCGACCGUCGCCGGGAGUCAAGAAUAGCGUGGAGCAUGUUCCGUUUAGCAAUUUGGAUGAGAAGGGGGUUGUCAGACCAUACGAAUUCUGGCAGUGGAAGUCCGCAAAGCCGUACUGGAUGUUUUUGGCCUAUUUUGUCGGGGCGCUAUCAUUCGUCCAGAUCCUUCUGCCGCCCAUCGCUCGGUCGGACUUGUACGUGAACCUACUGGGCUAUGCUGGUCUGGCUGUAGAAGCUAUCCUGCCUCUCCCUCAGAUCAUUGCCAAUCACCGGACCCGUUCGUGCAAAGGAUUCCGGGUUUCUGUGCUGGCGGCUUGGAUUCUUGGUGAUGUGAUGAAAAUGAGUUACUUCUUCUGCAGCAAAGAAGUGAUUCCCUGGGCGUUUCGGCUGUGCGGUAUGUUCCAGUGUGUCUGUGAUCUCUACCUCGGGGUACAAUUCUGGAUGUAUUCGCGGCAUACACUCAGGGCUGCGGGCGGCCCUAGGCAUAACACCGCCAGCUGGCCAGCGGAGGAAAAAGACAUACGGAUGACCUAA